AGUACCCAUCCUCGAGCUCUCACGCAUAACACACACCUUCUGGAGACGACGAACAAUCACUUGCUUCUAUCAGAAACUUUAACAAUGGAUGAUGUGGCAAUUCAAGAAGGCGACAGAUGGAUAGUGGUUGCUGCGUGUGGGUCUGAUUCGGUUAGACAUUUGCGUGAGCUCUGUGAACAUCUGCGUGGUUUAGGGCAAUUGGGCCAUAAUCCGGUUAAUGUUGCGGUUGUGUGUACAAAAUCUGCUCUACAAAGCCUUAACUGGCCUCCUGUUUCUGCAUGUGGGUUCAAGUUUUACACAGACGAUGAGCUCUUGAAAUCUAUGGGUCCCGACAAGUUAGAGUUCCCCCCCUUCUUUGGGACCCUUUGGUAUCAAGCGGCUUGCUUAGUAUCAAAUGGGCUGUGCGACAACCUGCUGACAUCUUUUAUAAAAUCGUGGCCUUGCGAAGGGGAACUACGCAGGCCCAUUAUCUUCUGCCCGGACGUGGGGGAAGGCAUGUGGGCCCACCCGGUAACUCAACAACAGGUCGACACGUUGCAGGAAUGGGGUUUCGUUGUAAAGCCCAAAGGCAGUGGCUUGAUGGCCGAUGUCGAGAUUAUUGCUCGACUUGUGGGGCAAGUCAUGGGAUGGAAUGAUUGA